AUGGUAUACAGAACAGUGUCAACAUCGGCAAUUAUGGUAGUGGCUGGAGUUAAACCUGCUCAUCUCCUUGCGUGGGAAAGGACGAAGAGAUACGAAAUCAGGAAGGAACCUAACAAGGCGGAUAUUGAGAAGGAAUUACAUGUAGAAGUCCUUAAUAAAUUGCAGAAAGAAUGGGACGAGGAAGUCAAGGGAAAAUGGACCUGGAGAUUGAUCGGGGACGUUAAGAGUUGGACAAAUCGUAAUCAUGGAGCAGUCGACUUCCAUCUCACCCAGAUGCUAACGGGCCAUGAAUGUUUCAGACAUUAUUUUGAAUCGCAUUGA